AUGGCGUCCGUAACAGCCCCUUCAGCUCGCUCCAUGGUCAGGACCUUCGUCCGCCACUAUUCGGCACCAAUCGACUCAUCGAUACCAGCGUCCAAAGUUAAAUAUAUCCCAACAUCAGGCACAUACCCCAAGGGAUUCAAAGUCUCAGGCACAUAUGUAGGCGUCAAAGCCGCCAACAAGUCGAAUCCCGACCUGGCAUUCAUCGUCUCUGACCGACCCGCCUUCGGAGCUGCCGUCUUCACCACCAACAAAUUCCAAGCCGCUCCAGUCCAAGUAAGCCGAACAGUCCUGGAGAAACGAGGUGGGGCAGGCCUGCGGAGCAUCAUCAUCAAUUCCGGGUGUGCCAAUGCCGUUACGGGCGUGGGAGGGCUCGAAGAUGCUCAAUCCAUGUCGGACACAGCGACGGCGCAGUUCCAGCAGUCGUCCCAAGCAGAAGACGGGUUCGGCGCCAACAGCCUCGUCAUGUCGACGGGCGUCAUCGGCCAGCGCCUGCCCAUCCAGAAGAUCCUGUCCAAGAUCCCCUCCGCUUACGCCAAUAUCGACGACACCCAUAAUGCGUGGCUCGCCACCGCCAAAGCAAUCUGCACCACUGACACAUUCCCCAAGCUCCUCUCCACGACUUUCACCCUCCCGUCGCACCCAGAGACCGAAUACCGCCUCGCAGGCAUGACGAAAGGUGCGGGCAUGAUCCACCCAAACAUGGCCACCUUGCUGGGCAUCUUGACCACCGACGCCGCCAUCUCAGCCCCAGCCCUGAAAUCCCUCCUCACGUCGGCGGUCGAGAAAUCCUUCAACUCCAUCUCCAUCGACGGCGACACCUCCACCAACGACACGGUCGCCAUCCUCGCCAACGGCGCCGGAACCCCAUCUGCCACCACAGCCCCAAUCCCCGACGACGCCACAUCACCCGACUAUGCCGCGAUGGCAUCGAUCCUGACAUCUUUCGCCCAGCGCCUCUCGCAACUCGUCGUGCGCGACGGCGAAGGCGCCACGAAAUUCGUGCAGGUGAGCGUGCGCAACGCCGCCACCGCGGCCGACGCACGCCUCAUCGCCUCGACCAUCGCACGCUCCCCGCUCGUCAAAACAGCCCUGUACGGCAAAGACGCCAACUGGGGCCGCAUCCUCUGCGCCAUCGGGUACACGCCGAACCUGAGCUCCGCCGACGCCGUCGUCCCUUCCAAGACCAACGUCAGCUUCGUGCCCGCCGCGACGUCAAAGUCCAAGGACGAGGGCGUCUUGAAGCUGCUCGUCAACGGCGAGCCCGAGGCCGUGGAUGAAGACCGUGCCGCGAGAUUGCUCGAGGAUGAGGACCUCGAGAUCGAGGUCGAUUUGGGUACCGGCUCCGAAGACGCCCAGUAUUGGUUCUGCGAUUUCAGUCAUGAGUAUGUCACUAUCAAUGGUGAUUAUCGAACCUGA